UUAAGCGGAAACUCAAAAACGACCUUCAAGCUCAAGUUAGCAGUGCGAUGAGUGAAACUUUGUACAUUUCAUUCCGCUACUGAUUACAUCUAUUCACUGUAGUAUGAAUGCACACUUAGUUGAAUACUCAUCAAGUGAUGAUGAAAAAAGUGAUAAAUUGGAGCUGCCUACAUUAUUACAAGAUUUAAAUUCUGAUACCUUUCGUUUUGUUGUUCGGGAAGAGGAUCCUUCGAAGCAUGAUUUUCGUCAGAGAACUUUUCCUCAUGAACCUGGAAAUUGGGCUACUUCGGUUUAUAUUCCAUGCUCUCAUUUUCAUGCCAAAAUACUUGAAGCUAUCAAAAAUCCCAUAAUCCAAUCAAACCCUGUAAUGGGUGAUUGUUGUACCGUGGAUUCUCCCCACAUAAGUUUGUCGAAGACUUGGCCUAUUUAUUACCAUUGGAUUGAAAAUCUCGUUGGUAAUCUUCGUUCUGCUGUAAGCUCGUUUGGAAAGUUCUGGAUUGCGCUUGAUGGCGUAGAAGUUCUUGUAAAUGAAGAUAAUACACGAUCAUUUUUUACCUUAGUAUCUUCUGAAGAGUCGCGAAUAGCACUGGUCUCUCUACUUAAUUCCGUUGACUCAUGUGUCACUGCAUUUAGAGGACCAGAGUACUAUAAGAAUCCUAAGUUUCAUAUGAGUCUCUUAUGGUGUAAUGGAAAUAUCCGUAAGAAAUAUUCAAAGGAAACAUUAAAUAAUUUUUCGGUGGACUUGCAAAAGGCAAUAUUUGGAGAAUCCAAACAAAUCUACCAUGAAGUUACAGACAUAGUGUGCAAAAGUGGAAACAAAUAUUUUGACAUAGAUAUAUCAUGAUCUUUUUUAAAAACAGAUGUUCUUUGUCUUGAAAUGUUUCCUUACAAGCUCAUAUAUUUUAACACAAAAAACAGUCCUUUUAACACUCACGUAACGUAACGCAGUGAAAAUUAACCAAAUUAGUUUGACAAUAAAAAAUAAUAUAGUUUAUAAAAAGACGA